UGGACCUCUCUGCAACAUAAAUUCCCUUCUUUCCCACCCUUUUCAAUCAAAGCUUGCGAAUCUGUAAAUCUCGUUCCUUUCUUCUUCUUCUUCUUCUAUGUGCGCGCCGAGUAGCCGGAGCUGUGAGUAGAAACGAGAAGCGAACGGGAGAUGAGUGCUUACCCAACCCCCAGGGCUGAGUCUACUCACCAUCGACUCUACGAGUUCGCCAAAACUGCUCUCAUCAAGAUCUUUAUCCACCCCUACGCCACGGUGUGUGACUUGUACUGUGGAGGAGGACCUGAUGCAGAGAAGUGGGACGGAGCUCAAAUUAGUCAUUAUAUUGGAAUCGAUGUGUCUUCGUCUGGGAUAAGUGAAAUAAGAAGCGCAUGGGAGAGUCAGAGGAAAAAUUUCACUGCUGAGUUCUUUGAGGCCGACCCUUGUAAUGACAACUUGGAUAUCCCGUUGCAGGAGAAGGCUGGCCAGGCUGAUCUUAUCUGCUGCUUGCAGCAUUUGCAGUUAUGCUUUGAAACCGAGGAGAAAGCAAGGAAACUUCUAAACAAUGUGGCAUCUUUGUUAAAACCAGGGGGUUAUUUUUUUGGUAUUACUCCUGACUCAUCUACCAUAUGGGCCAAGUACCAGAAGAACGUUGAAGCAUACCACAAUAGAAGCAGCAGCAUGAAGCCUAAUAUUGUUCCCAAUUGCAUUCGUUCUGAGAAUUACAUGAUCACCUUUGAAGUUGAGGAAGAGAAGUUUCCAUUAUUUGGGAAAAAGUACCAAUUGAAAUUUGCUAGUGACUUCUCUGCUGAGACCCAUUGUUUGGUUCAUUUUCCAAGUUUAAUCAGGUUGGCCAGAGAAGCUGGUCUUGAAUAUGUGGAGAUUCAAAACUUAACUGAAUUUUAUGAUGAUAACAGAGCACAAUUUGCAGGCAUGAUUCUGAAUGCUGGCCAAAACCUCGUGGAUCUAAGGGGGAGACUUCUUCCUCGAUCUUAUGAUAUGUUAGGUCUUUAUACCACAUUUAUAUUUCAAAAACCUGACCCAGAUGUAGUCCCUCCACUCAGUACCCCAUUGUUGCAGGACAGUCAUGAUGAGCAGAGAGAGUGGCAGGCUCCUAGCUGGAGAGACGAUGAGAAUGGACAUCCAGAGCCACCACCAGCAGCAGCACCACCACCACCCCCGCCCCCUCUUGGACUAGGCAAUAUAAGUGACCAAAAAGGAAUUUUGGGUCCAGGGCCUGCAGAUUUACGUUUCUCAGAGGCACUCUGACAUGGCUGUGGCAGGGAGGUAGCGAGAUGGGUGCUAGAUAGAUCUUCAAGCAAAGCCCUGUAGAACUUUUUGUAACUAAUCCUGGGUUUAUAUCCAAUACCGUAAACAAGGAGAGACCGUCAUGACUGUUAUUUACGAAAUGCAAGCUCAUUUGGGUGCAAAAAUGAUGUCUACUGUGUGACUCUAGAGUCUGGCAGUUUUUCCUUUU